AUGGCAGCUACCUCCCGUUUGAACACACUCGCUGAGCAGAACAACAAUACCAUAGCUCCAAGAGUCAACAGCAACAGUGGUGCGCCUAAUGAGCAGUUUAAGGCGACCCGAAUCUGGAAUGAAAUACUGCAAGCCUUCUACCUGGGCAUUGAGUUGAAGAAGCACAGUCGAACGAUGAAGACCUACCACGACUGCUUCACCGCCUCCCAGGCAGUCGACUGGCUGAAGAACUACCUGCGAGAGUGCGAGCACUUCAGAGACCGCAAGGUGACCCGAUUUCAGGCGCUGAACCUCCUGCGAAAGUACCACAAAUCGUGCAUCAUUGAGCGAGUGAGGGAGAAGGGCAAGGAGGGCAAGGAGUUGCAGGACAACAACGAACUGUACCGCUUCAGCAUCAGCGCCAAUGAGAAUCUGCCCUUUCUGAAUGCGAGUCGCAGCGAGGCCGACCUCCUUGGAGCAACCACCAGCGAACCCCUAAAAGAUGAGCCUCCUGUUGAGCUGACCCUCAAUGAGAAGGUGUUCGCCUACAAAAGCACCAUUUACGAGCAGAUGCGCGCCGUGCAGCCUUGCAUCGGCGACUGGCUGAAGCUGGAGAAGAUCGACGGAACGACGCUCUACAAUAACAUCACCCGCGUCAACGCCAAUGGAGUGGUGCAGCUGUCUGAUAAGACGGCGGACCUGCCGCACUGGAUCAUGUCGGCGAUGAAGUGUCUGGCUAACUGGCCCAAAGCAAGUGGCAGUGGAAACUGCCUGCCAAAGUACCCCGGUUUUGAGUAUGACGUUUUCAUUUUAGUUCGCGAUUACUUCAUCAACCUUGAGGAGCCAAUCAUUCCCUUUGAGUACUACAAACUAAUUUCGAACACCUUUGACAGCUACUCUCAGGAGGCAGUUGCCUUGCUGAGAACCAAGCAAUCUUUGCCCAGCUUCCUCAAAUGCAACUCUGCUCUGAUGACUGCAAACGAAUCAAAUAACAACAAUAUCAUUGCAAAUGACAUUCUCAACCUGCCAAAGAACUGCGUCUACGAGACGGCUUUUUCCGGUCGAGAGCCGGUGACCAAGAUUGUGCCCAUCGAUGAGCUGUCCAUUGUGCUGCCAAAUUACUUUUCCCAGCUGAAUGGCCUUAAGUCGGUCAUAUCUCCCUUCAACAGCUCGACCUGUUCGUCGAGCAACACCUUUCGGGCAAUCUCUACGAUGCCUCGCAGUGGCUCAAAGCUGCGCAGUCAGCAACAGCAGCGACAGUGCCAACAAUCAUUCAUCAACAACAGCAACAACAACAACUCAACCCCGCAGGGCGUAAAGAACACUAGCCAGAUGAUGUCUGACAUUCUGUGUCUGGAAAGUCCGCCCGAGUCAGGGGAGUACAUGCUCGGCAAGGAUAUGAGUGGUGAUGGCUCUAGACGGUUCUACUCGCUGCAUCGAAAUCGAACUCGACAGUCAACGAGAAGCAGCAGCAGCUCUCAGCAGCAAAACAUGUCAGUUGUACAAACUCUAGCCAACUCAAGAAAGUACUACACUUUACUGCAGAUGAUACUCUUUACGCUGCCAUCUUCAAAUCGAAGGCACCUUCAGCUGCUGCUGAGGCUCUUCCACAAGAUUAUUCGCAAUAAAGAACUGUGCAUACUAACCAAGGACUCAGUAGCCCUGAAGGAGCACAUUGUCAUCACUUUUACCCGAUCUCUUUUUAGAUGUAAAAUCGAAGCAGAGUACAAUGAGCUGAAAGCUCGUGAAUUUAUUUCUUUUUUAAUUGACGAGUGCAUGGAGGUGUUCAGUCUGCCUGAAGCAAUCACCAAAGCACUUGAGAAGGCAAUUGAUGACCUAAAAACCCGCAAAAACGGACAGCAGAAGAAGACUGCCGGCAACUUCUGCCAAACGGUUACGAAUGAGGAGUUUGAGAUGCAGCGUGACGUCCUUUCAGAGGUGGCUCUCAGCGAACUCCUCGAGAGCAUCAUGCGCGACGAGUCCAUGUCGGAGCGCGACAAACUGAAGUGGAUUAAACAG